GCGCCGCCGCGCACAAACUUCGCUUCGGUCUCCGCCGGACACAUUGUAGCGACAAUUAACGGGCCGCAUCAACGAAGCCGCCGCCGGUCCGGGGCUCCGAGCCGAGAAGGGAAGGGAAGGGAAGGGAAGGGAAGGGAGGGCGGCAGAGUCGCGCCCGCCUGGACUUCGUCUCUUUCCUUUACUCUACUACUCUUCUUCUUACUUCUUAGUUUUACUACUAGUGUCUCUAUUUACUCUUCAUUUAUUAUUUUUUCUGUACUGUUUACUCUUACUACUAGUGGCGCCGCGCACCACGUGCGCCCGAAAGGCAUCAGCCCGCAGGAGGAGGUGAGACGAUGAGACAAAUUUAGUCAGUAGUGCCAUCGAUCGCAUCGUCACCGCAGCGAGUCUCUCUCGCUCUCUCUCUCACCGCCCCCCACCGCCCACCGCCCACCCAUGGAUUCGUUCCGGAGGCCCGCGAACGGCGCCGUCACUUCGCACAGCGACCAACUUGUCGUCGCCGAAGCGCCGCCCCCGUCCUCUCUGCCGCCGCCACCGUCACCGCCGCCGCCGCACGACCCGUUCGCCGGUCCGCUCGCGUCCGUGGCGCCCUGGAACUUCAGCGUGCUGGCGGCGCUCAUGUUCGUGGUGACGGCGCUGUCGCUGUCCGAGAACUUGGCCGUGAUGCUCGUCACCUUCCGCUUCCAGCAGCUGAGGCAGCCGCUCAACUACAUCAUCGUGAACCUGUCGCUCGCCGACUUCCUCGUGUCGCUCGUCGGAGGGACCCUGAGCUUCGCCACGAACGUCAAGGGCUACUUCUUCCUGGGCGGCUCGGCGUGCGUCCUCGAGGGCUUCGCGGUCACUUUCUUCGGAAUCGUGGCCUUGUGGUCUCUCGCUGUACUGGCCUUCGAGCGCUUCUUUGUCAUCUGUCGUCCCCUGGGGAACGUCCGGCUGAGAGGGAAGCACGCCGCGCUGGGACUCCUCUUCGUCUGGACCUUCUCCUUCAUUUGGACCAUCCCCCCCGUGCUCGGCUGGAGCAGCUACACGGUUAGCAAGAUCGGUACCACCUGUGAACCCAACUGGUACUCGGGAAAUUAUUCCGAUCACACCUACAUCAUCACGUUCUUCAGCACGUGUUUCAUCAUGCCUCUUGGAGUGAUCAUUGUGUCCUAUGGCAAACUCACCAGAAAACUGAGGAAGGUGUCUAACACGCAUGGUAGACUGGGUAAUGCCAGGAAACCGGAACGUCAGGUGACACGCAUGGUCGUGGUCAUGAUCGUGGCCUUUAUGGUGUGUUGGACACCUUACGCCGCCUUCUCGAUCAUUGUUACGGCAUACCCCACCAUCGACCUGGAUCCACGCCUGGCUGCCGUCCCUGCCUUCUUUUCCAAAACAGCAGCCGUCUACAACCCAGUGAUCUACGUAUUCAUGAACAAACAGUUUAGGAAAUGUCUGAUCCAGUUGUUCAGCUGCAGCAGUCACAGCCUGGACUCGAACCCAAAUCAAACCACAGACAGAGGGGCCGUCACUGGCAACAGCAACACGGGUGAGAUGUCGGCCAUCGCUGCGCGGAUCGCUGCCACCGAGGCGCUACGGGCAGGGAACGGGUCCGGUGACCGUGGCGCUUUCUCGCAGCUCCCUAUUCCCGAGAACAAAGUGUGUCCCAUGUAACAGCACAUCGUGCCUCCUGUACCCGAGCCUUUCCUUUCUCCCGGAAGCCACCCGGCCCUUGUGGCGCAGCCCAUCUCCCUGGACAUGUGCACCACAUGUUGCCCUAGCUAGAGGAGCUCAAGUGUGCGUUUCGCCUGUUCCGCACCAAGUUGCAUUUCGGUCGUUUCGUUGUACGCAAGAGGGUGAAACAAGGACGCGGAAGUGAGGGAAGCUUUUACGUAGAUUUGUAAAUGCAUGUGCUUCAUGGAGUGUUUCUGCUGUAUGCCAUUUCACCGUGUUUCGCAUAGCUGGUCAUGAACGUGCAGCUCUCCAUACAAACUGCGCUGAGCCGGAUUCUCAUAUUUUAACUCAUGUUUCUGUUUGUUUCUUCCUAAAAUUUAAAAUUAAUCUCAGCCCAAAACACUGAAAUACAGUCAGUUCGGUAAAUACAAUCUCAGGUGAACAACACAUGACAGAUUACACCUUUUCAUGAUUUCUUUCACAAAAAUAAAGCCAAAAUGGAGAAGCCAUGUGUGAAAAACUAAGUACACCCUUACUGCUUCCAUGGGAAUUAAGAGGGUAAGUAGCAGCCAGGUGCUGCUCAUCAAAUGCCCCUGAUUAAGUGAUCAUCAGCAAGUGUGACCACCUCUAUAAAAGCAGAAGUUCCGGCAGUUUGCCGGUGUGGAGCAUUCAGGUGUGUGGUAACAUAAUGCCAAGGAUGAAUGGCAUCAGCAAUGAUCUUAGCGAAGCAACUGUUGCUGCCCAUCAGUCUGGGAAUGGUUAUAAGGCCAUUUCCAAACAAUUUAAAAUCCAUCAUUCUACAGUGAGGAAGAUUAUUCACAAGUGGAAACCAUUCAAGACAGUUUCCAAUCUUCCCAGGAGUGGACGUCUCAGCAAAUUCACCCCAAGUCAGACUGUGCAAUGCUCAGAGAAAUUGCAAAAAAACCCCAGAGUUACAUCUCAGACUCUACAGGCCUCAGUUAGCAUGUUAAAGCUCGUGAGAGUACAAUUAAACAAAGACUGAAGAAGUAUGGUUUGUUUGGAAGGGGUGCCAGGAGAAAGCCUCUUCUCUCUCUCUCUCUCUCUCUCAAAAGAACGUGGCAGCACGGCUUAGGUUUGCAAAGUUGCAUCUGAACAAACCGCGAGGCUUCUGGAACAAUAUCCUUUGGACGGACGAGACCAAAGUGGAGAUGUUUGGCGAAAACUGAACACAGCAUAUCGGCACAAACACCUCAUACCAACUGUUAAGCACGGUGGUGGAGGGCUGACGAUUUGGGCUUCUUUUUCAGCCGCAAGACCUAGGCACCUUGCAGCCAUUGAGUCGCCCAUGAAUUCCUCUGUAUACCAAAGUAUUCUGGAGUCAGAUGUGAGGCCCUCUGUCCAACAGCUAAAGCUUGGCCGAAAUUGGGUCGUGCAACAGCACAAUGAUCCCAAGCACACCAGCAAAUCUACAACAGAAUGGCUGAAAAAGAAAAGAAUCAAGGUGUUGCAAUGGCCCAGUCAAAGUCCAGACCUCAACCCGAUUGAAAUGCUGUGGCGGGACCUUAAGAGAGCCGUGCAUAAACAAAUGCCUGCAAACCUCAAUGAACUGAAGCAACGUUGUAAAGAAGAGUGGGCCAAAAUUCCUCCACAAUGAUGUGAGAGACUGAUGAAGUAAUCAUUUCUUGUAUGACUUUAAGUUAUUGCUCCUAAAGGUGGUUCUACAAGCUAUUGAACCAUAAGGUGUACUUAGUUUUUCCAUACAUGGCUUCUCCAUUUUGGCUUUAUUUUUGUUAAAUAAAUCAUGACACGGUGUAAUACGUCAUCUGAGGUUGUAGUUACCUAAUUUUAAGACCUGCUAAGGACUAGAUUUUUAUUUAUUUAUUUAUUUUUUUUAAAAAAUGUCCUGACCUGUAAAACCAUAGAAUUCAAAGAGCGUGUGCUUUCUUUUUCACGUGACUAUAGAUGACCGCACAACACAAAAGUCCCCUAUUUAAGGUAUGGAGCUCUUGCAGAAA